AUGGCCCUUACACCAACGAAUUACUCAUCGGCAAGGUGCGCUUUGAAGGGAGUUCCAAGAGUGAAAGUGGAGACUGCAUCAAAAUGUGGGUUCAAAACAGUGGAUGGGAAUCGGGUUGUUUGUGGCGAACCAGCCUAUGUACGAGCAACAGUUGCAGGAAGCUUGAACCGCUUGAUUGGGGAGCUUAAGAAGCUAGUUGAAGAGGGUAAAGUAAAAUAUAUAGGUUUAUUUGAGGCCUCACCUUCAACACUUAGAAGGGCUCAUGCUGUUCAUCCUAUAACAGCAGUACAAUUGGAGUGGUCUUUAAGGUCCAGAGAUGUGAAGGAAGAAAAGUUGUUCGACCGGGUGAAUGCCAUGGCCUCAAAGAAGGGUUGUACUCCAUCUCAACUUGCAUUAUCCUGGGUGCAUCAUCAAGGAAAUGAUGUCUGUCCGAUACCAGGCACUACCAAGAUUGAGAACCUCGAACAGAAUAUUGGAGCAUUGUCUGUAGAACUCUCGACAGAAGACAUGGCUGAACUCGAAUCCAUCGCUUCAGCUGAUCCUGUCAAGGGUGAUAGAUAUGGUCCUGGGAUUACUACUUGGCAAAAUUCUGAUACACCACCUCUUUCAACGUGGAAGACUGCAUGA